AUGAAGCUAAAACUCAGGACCCAAAGCACCGAAGCCUUGAAAUCUACACUCUCUUUGAUAAGCCGAGUUAGAAGGUUUGUGGUACUUCGAUUUACAUAUUCCCAACUAUAUAUCAUUCUGGUUGACGAAUAUUCACUGGAGCCCCAAGUAUGGUGCAAACUACAGAUGAAUAGCAUAUUUGACCAGGUUGAAAUUCAGAGUCUAAAAGAUAACACUAUUUUACUUGAAAUAAAUAUUGAUUUAUUUCUUCAGACGCUUAAGCAUUUCGACAGAGCAAAUAGUGAUGGAUUGAAUAUAAGACUCCAGAGGAAAGACACUCUAGGGGGUGAAGGUGUUGCAACAAAACAAGGAAGGGUGGCAUCAUUGGCCAUGUAUUAUUCUAACAUUAAUUCACAUCAGAACUCAAUUAAUCAUACAUUCAGGAUUCCAGUUAAGAUAAUGAAAAAUAACGAUGAAAGCUUCAUAUCAAGAGAGCCUGAGCUAAGAGAUGUACAGUUGAUGAUGAAGCUACCAAAUGAAUUCGUCACGACCUAUAAGAGACUCGAGAAGUUUAAAAAGCCAAAUCAAAAGGAACUCUUAACGAUCAAAGCAAGCCGAAGGAAUGAAGGGCUACUUGCUUUUGUUCUCAAGGAGGAAGGAAAGUAUAGAGUGACUAUUACUUGGAAUAACCAUUUGGAAGUUAUAAAACCUGACAACCCGAAUCUCAAUAAUAGUAACAAUGGUCUAGAUACGUUCCAGAGCAUUCGAGAGUCCCAAACUUCCACAAACGAAGAAAUUGAGGAAGAAGACAGAGAGAUUCAUGUUAAACUUAAAGAUUGGCUGAUGUCUUCGAGGAUCGUGGCAACUUGUAAGUCUAUCUUAUUUCUAAUGACUCUGAAUGGGUGUAUGUUGCAUUGCUUACUAGAUGACGCAGGUAAUAUUCAAAUUACCUAUCACAUUACUGGUGUUGUUGUACGCUCUGAUACUGAUAAUAUGUAA